CUGCGAAUCUUUUAUUUAUCUCCACGAAGCUGCAGCGUCAUCAGUAUUUUAAAGCUUGAGCCGAAAAGGGUCCAAGCUCCAAGGGAAAUUAAAGGGGCAGAUUUAAAGGGCAGGUGCUGGAGCGCAGCUGGGGCAAACCCGCCCACAGAGGGAGAGACGCGCGUCAUCUGCUCGUGCAUCCUGAAGCACCUUGCACGCUCCACUAAUAUCUCACGCGCAGGACACGCAACCGCAAGAAGGAAGCGCGAGACGGGACGGAAGGACAGCAUGUCGGGGAAGCGCGCGGUGUGUCUCAGCCGGACAGCGCCGUUGGCUUUUACCGGGAUGCGGAUUUCUACAGGCCGCUGACUGAAACACCGCAACAGGCGGGAGGGAAGGCAGACGCUCUAAAACGGCCCAAGUGCUUUGUGAAAGCUGCAUCAGCUGACCUCACCCACCAAAGAUCAUGUUCUCCAUCUUGGCUGCAGGCUCUGUGUUUUUCCCGGGUCUUUUUCUCUUGUCCAAGCAGUGUCUGAAACGGCUGCCUGGUCGGAGAUGGAGCGAGGGGGAUGCGGUCAUGGUGUCAGCCAGGUUGGUGUCAUCCGUCCAAGCAGUCAUGGCCUCCUCAGCUGGUUACAUCAUCUCAACGUCCUGUGAUGAUAUCAUUGAGGAUCAGCACUGGCUGACCACCUCCUACAUCCUGUUCGCCGUGCCCUACUUCGUGUACGAUAUAUAUGCUAUGUUCCUGUGCUACUGGCACAAGCUUCAGGUCAAAGGUCAUGAGGUGGAUAACGGACCCAAGUCCGUGGCCCUGAGCAGCUACCUCCGCAGAGAGUUCCUCAUGGUCUUGCAUCACGUCGUCAUGGUCACCAUGUGCUUCCCCAUCUCUGUGUUCUGGAGGCAGGGGAAAGGUGAUUACUUCCAGGGUGUCAUGUUCCUAGCUGAGCUCAGCACUCCCUCUGUCUGCCUCGGCAAAAUCCUUAUUCAGUACAAGCAGCAGCAUACGCUACUUCACAAAGUGAAUGGGGCUCUCAUGCUGGUCACUUUCUUCAUCUGUAGAGUCCUUCUCUUCCCCUACCUCUACUAUGUUUACGGCAGGUACGCAUCUAUCCCUCUUUACCAGGUCCCUCUUGCUGUACCGUGGCAGUGUAACUUGGGUGCUGCACUGCUCAUGGCACCACAGGUCUACUGGUUCUCCCUCAUCUGCCGCGGGGCUCUGCGCUUGUUCGCUGGUGGCUCCUCACAUUCCCGGAGCCCCGCCUCUCCCUCCAAACUCCGCCCAGAUGGGGACACAUCAUCAUCUCAGCCAGCCAAUGGCUACAGUGGUUGAGUGGCCCCUCUAGACCCGCCCACCACCAUGAUCCACUCAGAAAGACACUAAAGAGCGUGUGUGUGUGUGUGUGUGUGUGUGUGUGUGUGUGUGUGAGUUUGAGACUAAUGGGUCACAAAAUGAGCCUGAAUGAAUUAACUGUGAAGAAGACAAAGAUAAAUAAUCUGAGGAAAAGAAGUGACACUGGAUCUGCAAAUGCAGGAAGUGUAACUGAAUAGUUGUGCUAUCGCAGUACAAUACAGCACUCUUUCUAGCUCCAAGACCCAUGUACUACACAUAGGACUGCUUUAGUAGAUAUAUAAGAGCUGCGCUCACAAAAAGAACCAGAGACUGGAAUGAGGUUUGUGGUCGUGUUUGCACAAUAGGCAAGCCAAAUGCACAUGUUUGAAAAACUGAGGCAAUAUGCAUCAUUAUUAUGCAUUAUAUAACAUUAAAUGGAUUAUAAUGACUGAUCAGAUAGGCAUGUAUUGGUUUUGUGCAAGAAAUAAUACAUUUAAUGAUGACUGAAAUUUUCAUGGAAAAAUCCUAAUCAAAAUGCAAAUAUUUUCAAAUAAAAGUUCGGUUUGUCUAAAACCCAACUGGCAAUAAAACCUAAAUUUGUUUCCUAAGCAAGAUCUUGCUGACUUAAAACCGAUAUUAAACACAGAUCUGCAAAGAUAUCAAACACUACUGAGCUUUUUCAAAAAAAAUUCUGGAAUGUAUUAUUUUGUACAUGUUAGUUCCUUGUUUUUAGACAGCCUGGCUAAGCUUAAUAAUUGAAGCAUAAAAGAAAAGGUGAGAUGCUACUCAAAAGUCCUGUCCUAAGGCCUGAUGGAGGCGUGUAGUUUGACUUUAAGGCAGAACAUUCAGGUAGAUCUUAACCAGCACUAUCUAUCUAUCUAUCUAUCUAUCUAUCUAUCUAUCUAUCUGUCUAUCUGUCUAUCUAUCUAUCUAUCUAUCUACUUGUAUAUACAAAGAUAAACUAGACAACCUUGAAUUUAUAGGUGAAAAACAAAUGAUCAAAUAUAUUGCUGCCUUAUCCUUUUUAGAAUUUUGGGUCAUUUUAAUAUAUCUUUACUUUUUUUUUGGUUAUAUGAGAGUAUUUAAAUAAAU